AUGGGACAAAUCCAGGGUAAGGAGGGGGAGCUGGGCCAGGACAACAGCUCCUUGGGACCAAAGGAAAACGGACCAAGCCCAGACCCUGGGGGGGCAACGGAGGAAGGAAAUCAAGCUAUUGAGACUCACAGUGCCAGGACAGAUGAGGAGAAAGCAAGGUUGGACGAAAGCCCAGGCAGGGAGUCACCAUUACCUCCACCAGCAGAGCACGGUUUGGAUCCUCAUGAUAAGGUGUGCACUCCCACGGAUGGGGAGGGAGGAGAUGGAGAAAGAAAAGAGGGAGGAAGAAAGAAUAGAGAGGAAGGCAGGGCUGAACCUCUGGCUCUACAGCAGCUGAAUGGAAUCACACAGUCUGACACAUGCAAGCAAAGCACAUGGGAGUCUGGUGAACCUGAUCACGAGAGAAAAGACUGGCUGGAAGAGCAUACAGGACUGGUGUGUGACGCUCUUGGUGGAACUGAAAGCCCUGAGAAAGCAGCAAACCAGACUCAAAACUGUGCUUCAUAUGUAAAGGACGAAAUGGAGGCUGUUUGCGGAGAUCAUGACAAGCUGAAGUGCCAAGAUGGGGAAGAAAACAUUGAUUUUGAAGCUGUCUGUGAUGUUAAUCUAACAAACACACCUCCGAGCUUGGAGAUUUUAAAAGGAAAGGAGAUUUUAAAACCAUGUUGCGAAGAUGCCAACUUCACGGUUCAAGACCAUGCUUUAGUCAAUGAUGAAAAUGAGAAGAGUGAGUCACAAAACAAGAGGUCAUUUAACAACCCCAGCGCGUCGGACCCUGUGAUGAACUCAGAAAUGGAGACAUCAAAGGAGGCAGUUCAUCAAGUUAAGGAAGGAAUGGAGAAGGUCGUAACCGAAACACCAAAUUCUGAGCGUUCCUCCCCAAAGAGCGUUGAAACUUCAGGGCAAUCGGUGACGGGUGAAAACCAUCCAACAGAUGAAGUCAUAGAGACCAGAUUUAAUAGUUCAGGUGCGAAUUUACAAAGUAAAUCUGCGAGUCUGAGACGAGAGCAGAGCCCAGAGGAUCUUAAACCCUUGGAAGUGGCAUCCAAGUCACCACAGGGUCACGCUGAGAGCCAUCGACAAAUAUCUCCAGGCGAAUUCACACAGGACGUGCUUCACACAGAAAGGCAAUUUAAUGUGUCAGACUUGGAAAGCACUUGUACAAAGGAACCUUCACUUGAGAGAUCACCCGCUGGAGGUCAUGAAAAUAAAGAUGGCAUACGAGAAACUGGAGAAAGAGAGAAUCUGGAAUCUGCUUCAAAGGGUCUGUAUGGUUCCCAUGCAAAGGAAUCCGAGAUAAAAGAUCUUUCUCUGCGUGGAACAGAAACGAAAGAGGGUUGUUUUGUACAGGGUGAAAGCAAACCUCUUCUACAAAGCUAUGAAGAUGAGAAAUGUACUGCAUUCUCUGAAGACAUUACCGAUUCGUUAACCUCUUGUAAGUCUUAUGUUCAAGUUAUGCAAAACAAUGAGAAAAAAGAUUCCCCUCUUUCAGCAAAGGCCAAAGUACACACAGAGAAAAGUUUAGAUGUGUGUUUGGCUGAAAGGAGUCCACAAGCAUUGAUGCAAAACUCUCAGGAGAUGAUGGAAGAGGCAGACCCAGAACUCACCUCUUCUUUCCAGAGUACAGUAAUUGAUGUAGAUGAAGCUACUAGAAAGCAGAUAUUAGUGGGAGAUGCUAGAGCUAACUCAGAUGACAUGACACCAUCAGAGAGAGACAAGGUCAACAAGUCUGUUGGAAAUACAUUGAGCUUAAAAACAGAAACAUCUGUAGCUGAUUCCAUUCCUGAGCUAAUUGCAGAUCCAGAUCACACAGAUGACAGGCCAAACGUGGACAGGAAAACAGAAGUCACUCUGUCUGGUUCUUCUCAACUCCAAGAACAAUGUGUUUCGAAGACUUCAACAAAUGUGUUAACCCAUUGCAUUGUAAGCUCAUCUGAUCAGGUCAGAGAUGACCACCAUGCAGGAUCUGGAUUAGCAAACAGUGCGGCAAACACAUCUGCAGCUCAAGAUGAGCAACUUUCUUCCUCUGUGUGCAGCCAAGCUACUGAGAAACAAGAUCAAGAACGUACCAAGCUGCCGACACAAGUUAAUAAUCAGGUAUCAGAGGAGAAAUAUUCAAGUCAGCUUGACCAAACGCAUGCAGCAGAAAGUGACCAGACCACCACCACAGAUGCAUCGCAGGGUGCGCAGAAAAAGCAUGUGUCGGAUAUGAUAAAGGAAGCUAUUGAGCUGCAGAAGAAGAUGAAAGAGUGGACCAAGCCAGCCGAGGCCCGGAUUGAUCUGACAUUAGAUCCUACACAGUCUGUGAAAGUAUCACAAAUGAAAGCAGCAUUUGAUCCACCAAAGAAAUCACCUGACAAAGCACUCGAGAGAAAACCAUCAGUGAGAAAAGGUAGGAACAUUUUGUGA